AUCAUUUGGUUGCUCUUACUUUAUCUUGCCUUUUUUAUACAUUUUUUUGUCAAUUAAACAGUCAACUCCUUAGUAAAUCUGUAACUAGUUACAUUUUACUGAAACUCUUAAUUACCCAUUCAGGCAGUUAUUGAUCAGCAACACAAUACACACAAUGAUCAGCACUGAUUGUGCAUAUUUUUUCCAGUUUGUCACAUUGUGUCACAUUCCACUGAAACGUGAGGAAAUGAAGCCUGCAGCCUCUAAUUGUCUCUGAUUUGCAUUUAAAUGGAUUUAUUGUCUGUGGCAGGUGUGACUGGUGGAGGCUGGUCACAUGAUCAGGGUAUUUGUUUUUUCCUUCAUUCAAAAGUAAAAGUUUGAUUUCCACUGAAAUCAGAACGUUCGUCUGAAUCCGGCUCGAUCGGUGAAAUUUCUCUGACACUGCUGUGGUUUUGUGCCUCUGUCGGCUGCUCCUCCACAUGUGGAAGUGGGCGUGGCCAGGGGGGCUGGGGGAUAUACUGUCUCCCUUCUGCCCCCUCCUGACUGCGGGCCAGUGGCCAGAGUCAGUGCUGUGUGUCAUAGCUGAUAAGCUGUCCUUCUGCCAGAGGUUCAGUUCACCUCCACAGGAAAUCAAUCAAGUCCAACAGCAGAGAACGCUUUACUACGACGCUGAACCUCAGUAGGGGGCGCAGCUUCUGAAGCUGUCUGUCAGAACUUGUCCAGUGGGGACCAACAAGCCGCUGUCUCUCAUCAAACCGUCCUCACAGAGCAUUGCCAUCUCCGUGGUACCUGCCAAGACUCCCGUAUCCAUGGUGACCGCACACAUCAAUGGACAGAAGGCUGGGAGUUCGGAGUCGCUGCAGACAUCGCCCAUCAACCUUCAGACGGGCGGCAGGGUGACGGCGACGACUGCUACGGUUCAUGCCUUCAACAGCAGCAGGAGAGUCGGGGAGCUGUCCGCGACUCAGAUGCUGGGAACUCUCACUGCUGUGCCCAUCAAGGUGCCUCAGGUCAGCUCCCUGCACCAGCUGGAGGGACAGGCAGCCACACUGCUACCUCAGGUCAGGCCAAAGACCCAGAUCCCAGACAGCCUCCCCCACAGUCCAUGUCAGGAACUUCAGCCUCUCCGCCUGCAGAGGGCCACUGCUGUGGUCAGCCCCAAGAGCCAGGGUGCCACCCUGCCCACCUCCAACAGCACCUUUAAUACAGACCACCAGCCCAACGGGCAGAGCGAAAACUCGGCGCCAGUUUCUACACACGGCCCCACAGGGGGCGUAAGCUCCGGCAACCUCGUGCAGCACGCCUCCGCUGGACAAGGAGUGGCGUACGCCAUCAUCGCUGCGUCACCUACCUCGGGCAACGGCGUGUCCGCCGUCAGCGAGGCCGUCAAGGUGCAGCCGCUGCUCUUCAGCGCGGACAACAAGGUCAUCAUCAUCCAGCCACAGACUCCCAGCAGCAGCGAGGUGUCACCAAGUGUCCAGGCUGACCUGCCGUCACAGGAGGCCCCGCCCACUCCCAAAUCUCCCACCAAGAAGAAAGACGAGGACCCAGAGAAAAUGGCCUUCAUGGUGGCCCUGGGCCUGGUCACCACAGAACACAUGGAAGAAAUCCAGCAGAAAAGACAGGAAAGGAAGAGACGAAGCACAGCAAACCCAGCGUACAGCGGCCUCUUUGAACCAGAGCGUAAACGCCUACCCUCCUAUUACCUGAACAGCUCCCUCUUCCUGUCUGCACAAGACACUGAGGACCUCUGCUGGAAGGAGGAAGUGGAGCAUGACGACCACUGCGCUGUCUGUAAAGAAGACGGAGAGCUUCAACCGUGCCACAAUUGCCCCCGAGCCUUCCACCCCAAUUGCCUGUACCCGCCCCUCAAAACUCCACCUAGAGGUGCCUGGUACUGCCCCAAGUGCCAGAAGAAGGUGUUAAACAAAGAAAAUAUGUCAUGGCCGCAGAACUUUGUUCAGUCGUACGUGACGCACAAGACAGUGAGACAGGAAGAGAGAAGACGACUCAUGAGACGAAACAACGAGCUAAAGAAAGCUCGCGCUCAUCUGGAGGAGCAGGACAGAGAGCUGAACCAGACUAUUAAAAAAUGCCAGGACGUGCAGGAUCAUCUCCUCGGUCAGCAGAGAGACACGCAGUCGUCACUGGAGCGCCUCAAGGCUCUGAUCCGCCUCAUCCAACGUGAUCAGCUGAUCCAGGUCACCAUGACGACCACGGCCACCAUCAGCACCGCUGCUGCAGCCCUCCUCUCAAAAACCACCAGCACCAAUGCCAUCAUCUCCACCGUCCCGGGUGUUUUGACCACGCCCCCACAGAUGAGUCACACCCACAGCCAGGACACCGUGAACAACUAAUCCCACCCACUACGUUUUUUUUUUGUUUUUUUUUUAAAUGGUAAGGAACUGAGACGGAGCAUCUAAGCAAGUCCAGUAUUUUUUUUAAAAAGAAGUCGACACCUUCAGUGCUUAAUUAGUUUUUUUUUUCUCUUUUUUUAAACGUUCUUUUUCUAUUCGUUAUUUUUAUGAACAUUCUUGGCCUUAAUGUAUUUAUGACAUCGUAGAAACAGAUUUUCUUUUUUUUCUUUCUUUCUCAAUAAAAAGAGGGGAGCGAAUAAGCGAGGUAGAGUUAGCCGUAGGUGACCUAGAUGUUUUUAUUUGUUUCUGUUUCUGCCAUAAAAAAACGAUUCAGGAAGAUGUUUUUUCAUCGCGUUCGAGCCUUCAAACAAAAAACAGAGAAUUUUUUCAGUAUUAAUAGAGUCAAAGAAAAAAGUAUUUAAGAGGAAAACUACAGAAAAGUAGCCUUUUUAGUGGAGAGUCUAGUAUUUUCAUGCUGAUGCCUGUUGAUAAAUGUGAGUAUUCAAGGGAUCAUUGUACAUAUGCUGUAUUAUUAUUAUUAUUAUUAUUAUUAUUAUCAUUAUCAUUAAUGAUUAUUAAUGAUACCAUUGCAGGUUUUUAUUGGUCGACAUAUGUGAAGCUGAUGCUUAAACAAGAAUAUGAUCGAAAAGUUUCAAAUGAACUAAAAUAUUAACAUUUUUAUUUAUCCGUUUAAUACAUCAAAAAAUAAUAAUUUUAGAUUAGAAGUGGCCAUUUAUUUGUUUUUAUUUUAGUAUGUGUAUUUAUUUUAUUUUUUAUUUGAAAAAAAAUAUAUAACUUUUUUAUUUUUUUAUCAUUUGACUUUAAUAGUCACAAACACUUAAAAUCUAGUUUAAACAAUGUUUGUCUUUUGGUAACAAGCUACUGAUUCUUGGAAUUGAAAAUUUAAAAAACGCCAUCAUAUUCUUGUUUGAGAAAAAGUGAAGGUUGAAAAACAGACAAAACGACAGGUUAGUUUGUUUGCAGCUGAACUUAGAGCCUCGUGCAUCGUGUGACCUUGAACUAACCAGUGUAUAAAAUGCCAAAAACUCUUUGUUUUUCUACUGGGAUUUAUGUUCAUCUAUCAGUUAUGUCUCUCCUACUUUGGUUCUUCACCCUGCCUGUUUUGAUAUUUUAGCAUCAGAGCUUUUGUAAACAUUUUUUAAAAAUGUGUCACCGCUGAUGAGCCUGUUAAUGACAGAGUAACACUGCCUCAAGUACAAAUCCUUUCAUAUCCAGGGUUUUUUUUUAUUCUUUGCAUCAUUUUUCUAGAAGCCAUUCAUCUGAAUAUGGAACAACUCUGAAAAAUGACAACAAAGCUUUUUAACUGUCUGUGGAUUACAGGGAAACGGCCAUCUUGUUGCAAAAAUUGGGGAUUUAUCUCGCUAGUCUUCCUGCCGGUCCAGUGAGGUUCCAUUCAAAUGCUUUACAAAAAUGUAAAUUUAGUUUUUUUUUAAGUAGUUUAAAUUGCCACAACAGGGUGAAGCUGCACCUACUGUUAAUGCACAAACACGAACAAAAAAGUUAAAAUAUUUCUGAGAAAAGAAAAGAAAAAACAAACAAACAAUAAAUGCCUUUAUAAUAAGGGACGAGGAGAGAAGAAACGAGAAAAAUGUGACGUUGGAACUGCUGAGAUGAUUUUUUUUUAUUCAUAUCAGGUUGGACAUGUUUGUUUGGUGAAGUAUCAAAUUUACAGAAUUGUAUCAUCUGUAUGAAAUUACACUGAAUCAAAAUUGUGACGUUUCAUGAAAUGCAACACAAAGAUCAAAAACUAUGACAUCGGCAUUAAAUAUAAUGUAUUGAUACAGAAUAGUAUCAUCUGCAUAAAGUUAGACGUAACGCCAAGUCUGAGACAGAUUAGAGUUGAUAAGGUAAGAUGUUUGUUUUUGUCAUAUCAGCACAGUUUGACCUGUGAUGUAUUCAGUCCAAACACAUCCCAUUAACAAAUUGUCAACGUACUAUAAAUAUCAAUAUGUCGUUCAAUUUCUUAUGUUAAACUUUUGUGCGGUUUGUAAAGUAACGAAAAAAUACUAACACCUUUUACUGGGUAACACUGUGUCAGAGUGGUAUGUGCAGUGGCUUCACAGAAAGAAGGUCACUUGUUUGAUUCCUGGCUUUAACAGCUGGUGUCUCUGUAUGGAGUUUGACCUUUAUUUUUAAAAACAUUCGGACAAUUUUGGACUGAAAAAUAAUCUCAAAUGGCCGCAGUUCUACUGCGCUGAUACUCAUCCAUGAACAAAACCAUCAAGUCUGACACCUUGUGAUGCAUAUUAUAACUAUGAGGAAAACCAUAUCAUUUUAUCACGUUUUGUUAAAAAUCCGCCUUACCUUAAAGAAAUGUUGUAAAAAAAUAGACACACCCCGAAGCCUAAAUCUCUUCAUCUGUUUCUAGAAUCUUCUCCGGGAGAAACUGUGCAGCGCUUAAACAGAUCUAUUUUAAUACACUACAUGACCUUUGAACAAGUGUGAAAAAAAUGUUUGACCAUUUUUUUUUUAAAUCUUUUUUUUAAUAAUUUCUCAAUGAGCAAAAAAAAGAAAGCAAGUCUGAAGGAAACAGAACUUUUAAUUGGUUCUGCAUUCUGACAUUUGUGUUAUUUGUUACCAGGGGGCGACAGCCAGGACGUAACGUGGACAUUUUUAGAUGGAAAGAAAAUGUUUGUGAAAGUAGAAGUUUUUGUUCGUGGUCAAUGCGGGAAUUGUCCAGUUCAUUGUGUGUAUAGGAAAGUGUUUGUCUUAAAUAUGCCAACUUAGUUUUUUUUUGUUCUUUACAAAGAUGCAUUGAAAUUAAAAAAAAAAAGAUUGAUGGAAGAUGGUUAAUGGUUUAAGAGUAGUCUCACUUUUUUGUACCAAGUUCUUAUGAAAAAAUAAAUCAUUAAUAAACAAAUUCAUAAACCAA